AUGGCACCGAACAUUCUCGUAUUCGGCGCUGGCAGCAUCGGUGGUGUAUACACAUACAUACUGUCUCGCGCGGUCUCAGCCACCAACAUCACGGUAACAUGCCGCUCCAACUACGAAGCCGUCUCCAACGACGGAUUCACCAUAAACUCGACACUCUGGGGCAAAGGGCUUAACGUCAAGCCAUCGGUUGCCAGGAAUGUCACGGAGGCAGUACAAGCCAAUGGAGGAGAUCCAUUUGACUAUGUCAUCGUGACUAGCAAAGCUCUCAACACUACGCCUUCGACAGCACAUCUCAUCAAGCCCGCCGUGGCAUCCGGCAAGACUACUAUAGUGCUCAUCCAGAAUGGCAUAGACACCGAGACUCUAUUCGCAAAGCUGUUCCCCGAUAACCCGAUCCUGACCACGGUGGUCUACCUCCCCGCCACCCAGGUCGAACCUGGAGUCAUCGAGCACCAAGAGGUCGAGCUGCUGCAUAUCGGAACCUACCCAGCUUCUGCGCCCGAGCCACACAAGGCCGCAGCAAAGGCCUUCUCAGACCUCCUAACCUCCGCAAAGGCAUCCUCUAAAGUCCACGAUGACGUCCAGCCCGAGCGCUGGUCGAAGCUUAUCGUCAACGCAUCGUGGAACUCAAUCUGCGCGCUGACGCGGAGCCGGGACCGACCCCUCCUGGACGUCAGCAACCAGUCCGGCAGCUUCAAAGACUUCGUCAGGGGCGUGAUGCUGGAGAUUGCAGCGACGGCGCAGGCGUACGGCUACGCGCAUAUCAACGAGGAGCUCGUCGACUUCCAGCUCCAGCGUGCCUCCGUCCGGCAGCUGCCGGGCAUCCAGCCCUCGAUGUUGGCUGACGCGCUGGCUGGCAGGAACAUGGAGGUCGAUGCGAUUGUCGGGAACACUGUGAGGCUUGCGAGGGAUAAGGGUGUUGCGACGCCGAUGCUCCAAACGAUUUACUUCCUUGCGUCUGGCCUUGACAUGAGCUUCACGCUGGCGCGGUCAUGA